CGGAUGUGCCACUGGUGCUUGCCGCACGCUUGACGGUCGUCUGGCCCGUGUGGGGGCGACUCGUUGGAUUGCGGCGAUUGCGUUUUCGGGCAACAUGGAGCGAAUCUCUGUGGGAUUUACUCGGAAGGGAUUUUAACAACCGCCGGGGGAAAAAAUGGCCGAGAGGUUGGAGUGGGUGGAGAUCAUCGAGCCGCGCACGCGCGAGCGCAUGUACGCCAACCUGCUGACGGGCGAGUGCGUGUGGGACCCGCCGGCGGGCGUGCGCAUCAAGCGCACCGGCGACAACCAGUGGUGGGAGCUUUUCGACCCCAACACGUCACGCUUCUAUUACUACAACGCCUCCACGCAGCGCACCGUCUGGCACCGCCCGCAAGGCUGCGACAUCAUCCCGCUGGCCAAGCUGCAGACGCUCAAGCAGCACACCGACGGCGCCAGCCCCCGCCACGCCGCCGGCGCCACCACCGGCACCGGAGGAGGCGCGUCGGCCGACAAUAGUCCGGGACAUAACAGCGGCGUCAGCCGGGAGGGGAGCACCUCGUCCUCUCUGGACCAGGAAGGGACAGACAAGCAGGCCGGGAAAGACGACGCAGAGCGGACGUCGCCGUUCAGGUGGAACACGGGUACGAAGGAGCGCAUGCUGAUCAAGGUGACGGACCGGGAGCCCAGCUUCCUGUGCCACCAGGGCAACGGUUUCUCCCCGUGCGACCCGCCCACGCCGGGGGCUCUGUCGGGCGGGGGCACGGCCUCGCGAAGCCGCCGUUCGUCCGGGGGCGGCGACCCGGCGCCCUCCGAACCCGACGCCUCCCCGGUCCCGUACUCGGAGCGCCGCAAUUCUCCCUUCCUGAAGCGCGCCGAUCCGGGCGGCACCCAGCGGCGCUCGUCGGCCGACUCGCAGCCGUCGUCGCCGCGCUACGCCUACGAGCCGCCGCUCUACGAGGAACCGCCCUCCGAGUACCAGCCGCCGCCCAUCUACGAGGAGCCGCCCUCCGACAUCCGCCUGGCCGACUCCUCCUCCUUCUACGGCACCGGAAAGUCGCCCGCCCGCAAGACCUCGGCGCCUCUCUACCACUCCCCCAAGCAGUCCCCUUACGGCCAGCUGGUUCUGACCCGCCAGAAGUGUCCGGAGAAGAUGCAGAGUCUGGAGUACAGUCCGGUGGGGAAGGAGUACGUCAAGCAGCUGGUGUACGUGGAGCAGUCGUCGUCCAGCCCCCGCUUCAAGACCGCCGACCGGCUGCUGCGCUACGGCACCACGGCCGGCUACGGCGGCUCCUACGGGGGCUCCUACACCCUGCAGCACAGCCAGUCUCUGAUCAGGGACCCCCGCCUGCUGCUGGACUACAGCGGCGAGGGCGGCGAGGGGGGCCAGAGGCUGCUUUACGAGGACUCUGUAUCCUGGACGUCCGGCCAGACUCACUCGCUGUCCUCGUCGUCCGCCGGGCCUUUCUCCCCUGGCGGAAACCGCAAGCGCAAGAGCCGCAAGCCGUCGCUCUCCCAGGAGCUGGCCCGCUGCGGCGCCGCCGACGGGGACUUCGGGGGCACGGCGUCCGAGGCCAUGCUGGCGCAGGCCCGGCUGGCGUGGGAGGCGCAGCAGGUGAUGAAGCAGCGCAGCAGCUGGGACUCGGGCCAGGGCGGCGGCGCGCAGGGCUCCAAGGACGGGUACGAGAGCGACGGCGCCGUGCCGCCCCCGCUGCCGGGCCCGGUGGUGAGGGCCUUCAGCGAGGACGAGGCCCUGGCGCAGAGCGACGGACACCUCUGGAAGCGGAGCACCUUCGAGCGCCUCGGAUUCCCGCAGGCCCUGCUGGAGAAGAGCCUCUCCAUGCAGACCAGCCUGGCCUCGCCCGAGACGUACCUCCACCCCUCACAGUCGGAGGACUUGGGAGCCUGCGCCCAGUUUGAGGCCAGUCGCAACGCCAGGAACAUGAUGCCGAGCGCCAGCUGCGGCGUUUUCCCGGAAUUCACCCUGAGGAAGCCGUCCUCCGAGACCGACAUCGAGAACUGGGCGUCCAAGCACUUCAACAAACACACGCAGGGCUUGUUCAGGAGGAAGGUGUCGAUCGCCAACAUGCUGGCGUGGAGCAGCGAGCCAAUCAAGAAGCCCAUGAUCGUCACGUCGGACCGCAACGUCAAGAAGGAGGCGGUGGACAUCUUCAAGCUCAUCCAGACCUACAUGGGCGACCGACGCACCAAAGCCGACCCCCUCUGCGUGGCCUUGGAGGUGGUGGUCCGCGGGUGGAGCAACCGGGGCCUCCGCGACGAGCUGUACAUCCAGCUGUGCCGCCAGACCACCGAGAACUUCCGCUACGACAGCCUGGAGCGCGGCUGGGAGCUGAUGGCCGUCUGCCUGGCCUUCUUCCCGCCCACGCCGCGCUUCCACAACUAUUUGGAGGGCUACAUCUGCAGACAUAUGGACCCCCUGAACGACACCAAGGGAGUUGCUAUUAGCAGCUACGCUAAACACUGCUACAGGAAGCUAACCAAGGCGGCGCUGACCGGAGCCAAGAAGGGUCUUCAGAAGCCGUCCCUUGAGGAGAUCCAGCACGCCCGCAACGCCAUCUUCAGCCCGUCCAUGUUCGGCUCUUCCCUGGAGGAGGUCAUGGCCCUGCAGAGGGAGCGCUACCCGGACCACCAGCUGCCCUGGGUCCAGACCCGCCUGUCCGAGGAGGUCCUGGGCCUCAACGGGGACCAGACGGAGGGCAUUUUCAGGGUUCCGGGAGACAUCGACGAGGUGAACGCUCUCAAGCUACAAGUGGACCAGUGGAAGAUCCCCACGGGACUCGAAGACCCUCACAUUCCGGGUGAGCGCUCACGUCCGCCACCUUUACAAUCACUGGCGCCCGCCACCCGCGUGGGGAGAAGCGCGACAGAAAAUGGAAGGAUGGAUGAAUGCCGUUUCCCUGAGUUAGCCAUCUUUUUAAAACACUCCCAUCUUAAUGUUAUUUCUGUUUUGGUCAUUCCAUUGUGUUCGUUAACUGCAACGACUUUGACGCGUGCUCGCGUACGCGCAACAGCGUCGCUGCUGAAGUUUUGGUACCGCGAGCUGGAGGAGCCGCUCAUCCCGCACGAGUUCUACGACGAGUGCGUCAAGAACUACGACAACGCCGACGCCGCCGUCCAAGUGGUGCUGGGACUGCCGCACAUCAACAAACUGGUGCUAUGCUACCUCAUACGCUUCCUGCAGGUGUUCGCGCAGCCGGCCAACGUGUCGGUGACCAAGAUGGACGUCAACAACCUGGCCAUGGUGAUGGCGCCCAACUGCCUGCGCUGCCAGUCGGACGACCCUCGCGUCAUCUUCGAGAACACGCGCAAGGAGAUGUCCUUCAUCAGGCUCCUCAUACACGCGCUCGACACCCGAUUCAUGGACGCCGUCCUAUAGCCCCGCCCGAAAACCAUGACGACAAACGAACAAACAAGACGACGCCAUGGGCCACACGACGGCAGGACUCCGCGCGCGUGCCUUCAGCAUUUUUUCCAUAUCCUUAAUGUCCUUGUACUAGUAUACUCUUUGUCCUCAACCAACCAAUCAAAUGUUAUUUACAUCGCACUUUUCAUUCAUAAAAAUGCAACCCGAAGUGCUUCACAGAGAUGAAAACAGCCAAAGUAGCACGAAGCCCAUCCCCGCAUAGAAAUGCAAGCAAGAAAAUUCUGCGUACUAGUAGAACGACGAGGGCGCACUAGUACGAUGACGAGGGCGGUAGUUCUCAAGCUUAUUGCGCCAAGUACCACCUAAAAAAAUACUUGGCUCUCAAACGACCCCAUCAUGGCCAACAUUAAAAUCAGAUAACAUAUUAGGCCUAAAGAAACAAUUAGUCGAAAGGAUCAAAUAAUUUGAUGACAAAAAAAAGGAGGACGCGGGAUCAAUUUUCCACACAGGCCGACGUUACUGCAGAUGAAGGCACCAGCCCCCGUGGAGAGAAGUUUUUAUCCGAUUACUCGAUUAAUCGAUAGGCUAAUCGGAAGGAUACUCGGUCCUCAAAUAUUCGAUAUUUGCAGCCCUACUGUUCAUCAAAAGUGAGACGUUUUAUUCCUAAAAAGUACAUUGAAUAUUAAUGUCAGCCACUGUAACACGGUUACAAAAAAAAUUACUUCAUUCAAUUCAAAAUGUAUUGCACAUAAAAGCUACAUAGAAAUUGUACACCCAAUAAAGAAAAUAAAUUAACAAAUUGGUAAAGUUAAAUGAAAUGCAAGUCAACUUAAAAGGUACUAAAAAUGUAAAAGAAAAUUACAAUACUGGAUUUAAAAAAGAAGGUUUAAACGAGCUUAGAUUGCUUCAAGUGUCAUUGUAAUAUUGUUAUUUCAGCGAUUCUUUCAUGUAUCACUAGAGGGAGCCGGCGUACCACGGGUGGUAUUGCUAGCCCACGCUGACAAUCACAUGCACAGUAGUACAGUGCAACCCGAGCAGAUUCAACUAUUGGCAAAUCUGGGGGCAGUUUCAAUGUUUACAUUUUGUUUUUUUCUUUUUUUGGGAGAGAACAAACCCCCCAAAACGCUUAUUAGCAGUUGAUCUCCUCUUGUUCAAGAAUUUUUGGGGUUAAAAAAAAGAUUAGAUGAAUGCAAUUAGAAAUGGGUGACAAUUAUCUACGGAUAUUUGCUAUUGGCGGUCCAGCCCGCGAAUAACGGCGGUCCGCUCUAUUCUAUGUACUAGCGAGUGAGGGCAAAGUGCAUACUAGUACAUGGAACUUCAGCCAGAAAUAAAGGAUAUGGACUAAAUGCUGAAAGGGUUUUCCAUACGCCUUCACAGAGCAGGACCAACCAGGACGCCGUCCGGUCACGCGGCUUCCUGCCGGCCGGCCCGACUCACCGCUGAUUUGCGAAUGUGUCUUUUUGUUGACUCGUUCCACACCAUUUAACACAAACGUGCUUCUCAAGGUGCCAAGUCGAAGUGCCCCUUUGGCACAGACCACACUUCCACAGGUUGAAGGCGAGCCGGAUGAGGCGGCUCGGGCGCCGGGUUCGGAUGCCCCCCGGACGCCUCCCCGGCGAGGUGUUCCGGGGACGUCCAGCCGGGAUCCCCCCCGGGAGAGCUGGACCGAGUGGCCGGGGAGAAGGAAGUCCGGCCGGAUAAGCUAAGCGCAAGAAGUCCAGCGGCAAUUUUCCAACGUUCAGAGCAGUCGGCCGUCUGUGUGAAAGGGUGUUCCGCUACGCCGGGCGGGACGGGACGGGACGGGCGUGUGAAAUUUAAAACCUGACACUCGCUGAAUGAUCUUUCUCGGCCAAGUACGUGAAAACACAAGACUCUCUCUCACACUCUCCCGUUUGCUGGGUUCCGCGUCAAAAUUGAAGGCGGAAUAAAUCCUCGGCAGGCUGUCUGUGUGAAAGAGGCCCCCCGUUUGACCCACAACGAGCUUAAAAGUACGGCGCUGCCUUGAGAUACCAGUGACCAAUUGAUUUUUUUAUAUUUUUUUGCUUUGACUUGCGAGCAAAAAUUUGAGAUGCGAGCGCCGUGCGGUGGCAGUGAAUGUAACUCAACUCACUUGACAGGAAGCAGACAACAAGUCCUGUACUUAAAACAAUGUCCACUUAGCUUUAUGCUAACACAUCAUGGGAAACACCAUAGAUGGGCUGACAAAACUAGCAUUGAUGCUGCAACACAUAGCGAGAAAAUAAAGACAGUAUUUACAGGCAUAUAUUAUUUAUCCUCUGCCAAAAACUUUGUUCGUCUCGUCUUGUUUGACUGUUUUAUGCUGCCACCCGGUGGCCAAGUCGCACAUCCCUGAAGGCGGGGCCGUGAAUUCAGCACGCUAUCUCAAGGCACCCCGCUGUUAUUCAAAUUUUGAAAUAAUUGUCAUUUUCAAAAUGUUUUCACGACGAUUCUAAAAGUUUGAGAAGCCGUCCAACUUAACAUGUUUUUUUUUUAACCUGCUCUUUUUAUUUAUUUGUUAUUUAUUUGACGCCUGUUGACGAUGUACAUUAAGUGUGUCGGGGGGAAGAAAAACGACGUAUGGAGAAAUUGCUGUGAAUGUUAACGUGAGACUAACGAGCUUAGAAAAACUUUGGGUAAAUUUCCUCACAUUGAUCGAAGUUUGCCAGUCGUCCUUGUGGGCGUGGCCAAGCCCGGCCGAGCAGCCAAUCAGCAUGCAGACGUAGCCACAUCCGAGCAGAUAGUUCUCUUAAAGUUCUUCUUAAAUUUGGACCUUUUUUUUUUCUACUCCAACGAGAUGAAGCUGAGGAGGAGGAUGGUGAAGAGUGAAGAAGUUCCGUGUUGUUUGUGUCACUGUCACUUCCUGUCCAGUCUGAACGUUUUGCUUGAAUAAAAGACUCCAAGCGA